CUUACUGUGUUAAAACACCCUUUAUAGUAGUCCGUUCGAACUACGUUCAAAAGCUGAAGACUGGAUUCGAGCCGAGACACCGUGUAUAUUUACGAGAUGUUUAUAUUUCAGCAGGAAAGUCAAGAUGAAAAACGAAUUACAAAAGACAUCAGAGACACAGCUACGCCAUGCAACAGACAGAAGGAAGGAACUGCUGAUCAACCCCCCAAGCUUCUGGCUGACCUAGACAGGUCCCUGAAAAAGGGCUAUCCAAGAGGCAGUGCCUGGAAGAGCCUAUCCAACAGUGACGGGGGCUCUCCGGCGGAUGAGAGAUGAGGACGCCUCCACCGAGACCUGCAUGGACUCCUGGGAAACCCACAAGAAGGAAGAGCGCUUCGCCUUUCUGGCUGAAUGGUACGACCCCAGCGCCUCCCUCCUGCGCCGCUACCAGCUGCUCUUCUACCCCAGGGACGGCUCCGUCGAGAUGUUUGAUAUGAAAAACCAACGCACCUUUUUAAGACGGACGAGGUAUGAGGAGUUGAAGGAGGAGGAUCUCUUCGUGGGCAACCGGGUGCAUGUCUUCUCCCGUCAGCUCAGCCUGAUUGGCUAUGGGGACCAGUACACUGCCAGCAAGCUAGGCUGCAAGAAAGAGAGAACUCUCGCUAUGAUAAAGCCAGAUGCUGUGACCAAGAUUGGUGACAUCAUCCAGAUGAUUUACAGUGAAAACCUGCUCGUAACAAAAGCCAAGAUGACAAAGCUAUCGUGGAAGCAGGCGGCAGACUUCUACUCCGAACACCAGUCAAAGCCUUUCUUCAAUAACCUUGUCCAGUUUGUGACCUCCGGCCCGGUCGUUGCCAUGGAGGUCAUGGGCGACGAGGCGGUGUCGGCCUGGCGGAAGAUCCUGGGCCCGACGGACUCCGCCGCGGCUCGCUCCGAUGCGCCGCGCAGCCUGCGGGCCCAGCUCGGCACGGACGGCACCAAGAACGCCGCCCACGGCUCCGACUCGCUGGCGUCGGCGGCGAGGGAGUUGGAGUUUUUCUUCCCCUCUACCACGAGCGGUGGCCCCUCCAGCACGGCAAAGUGUGCGGACUGCACGUGCUGCAUCAUCAAGCCGCACGCCAUCUCAGAAGGUCUGACCGGGAAGAUCCUCUCCUCCAUCACUCAGGCAGGGUUUGAGAUCUCAGCCCUGCAGAUGUUCAAUCUGGAUCAAGCCAAUGCUGAAGAAUUCUUGGAAGUUUACAAAGGAGUUGUGGAUGAAUACACUGGCCUGGUGUCGGAGCUCUGCUCUGGACCCUGCGUGGCGCUGGAGACGAGGAGCCAGCCUUCCAGGACGUUUCGGGAGUACUGCGGCCCUGCAGACCCUGAACUUGCACGUCACCUCCGACCCACCACCUUGCGUGCCCAGUUUGGCAAAAACAAAGUACAGAACGCAGUCCACUGUACAGACCUUCCUGAAGAUGGCAUAUUGGAGGUACAGUAUUUCUUCAAGAUAUUGGAUGGAUGAGUUUUUUUGUGCAUAUAAAUAAAAUGGCAAUGACAAAUCA